AUGUCACGUGACCCGGGCCCGCGGGAGACGAGAGGUAGGUUCCAGCUCCCGGAGCCAGAGGGGUCUGGCGUGCCUAGCCCCCAGCCCGACGCGACCAUGCUGUCCCGCCUGCUGAAAGAGCACCAGGCCAAGCAGAAUGAACGCAAGGAGCUGCAGGAGAAGAGGAGGCGAGAGGCUAUCACUGCAGCAACCUGCCUGACAGAAGCUUUGGUGGAUCACCUCAAUGUGGGUGUGGCCCAGGCCUACAUGAACCAGAGGAAACUGGACCAUGAGGUGAAGACCUUACAGGUCCAGGCUGCCCAGUUUGCCAAGCAGACUGGCCAGUGGAUCGGAAUGGUGGAGAACUUCAAUCAGGCACUCAAGGAAAUCGGGGAUGUGGAGAACUGGGCUCGGAGCAUCGAGCUGGACAUGCGCACUAUUGCCACGGCACUGGAGUAUGUCUACAAAGGGCAGCUGCAGCCCGCCCCCUCCUAGCCCCUCUCCCCUUCCUCCACCCUGCUCCUCCUACCUCACCCAUGGGGGCAGGAGGGAGGCUGACCGCACCAAAAAUAAAACACAAGCCUCCAUUUCU